AUGACUAAAAUUUACAAUUACCCAUUAAAAAAUGCAUGGACAUUCGGUAGUACAUUACGGUCUACUGGAAUUUAUAGAAGAAUUUGUGAACUGCAUUAUGGUGAAGGUAUGAACUGCGAUAAGUUGAAUCGUGUUGCUGAUGAGGAUAAGGUUCAGGAAAGGAAUGCUGAAUGGUUUCUGUAUACAGCUAUUGCCUACUUUAUUCCAGCACUUUUUUCUGAUACUUUACUAGGUGCUUACGCCGAUAGAAAUGGUCGAAAAAUUGUGGUAUUACUGGGUUUGGUCGGUAUAUCAAUUUCAGAAUUUGGAUACCUAUUGGUGUUGAGCUAUUUGGUCAAUGCACCAUUUUGGAUUAUACUGAUUUUUGAUUUUUGUUCAGGGCUUACCGGCUUUAUCACAAUGAUUCCAGUAUCAUGCAAUGCAUAUCUUUCGGAUAUCACACAAGAUGGUGAUAUUCUGACCAUACGGCUCUGUAUUUUUUCCAUGUUUCAGUCGUUCGCAUCAAUUAUUGGUGCAGUUGUCGCUGGAAUAGUAUAUAAAUUAGAUAUAUUAUACGCAAUCGAUAUAGAACUGUUCAUUUAUUUCCUUACAUUCCUCUACGUUUUAUGGAGAAUUCCACAAAAGCCAGGAGCUGAAGAAAUUGCGAGACGUUACGCAUCUGGUGGUCAAAAACGCCCGUUCCUGCGGGAAUUACGCGACAUGUUGAAAGAAGGCUUUAACAGCUAUGUAAAACGUCGGAUGGGAUAUCGUCGUUGUUACAUAUUUGUAUCCGUCAUUGUUCUAAUGAUUUCCAGUACAAUUAGUGAAGAAACCCGGAUCAGCAUGGUAAUGAACAGUUACGUAUUUCGACGAACAGAUAAAGAUUCUUUGGAUUGGGAUCAAAGAGACUUGGGCUACUGGAAUGGAAGCGGUUUUGCAAUAAAUUUGGUCGGCACCUUGAUUGGUCUUUGUUUGUUUAAACAAGUUUUACGGCUGCGAGAGACAACAAUGAUCAUCAUUGGCUUAUUGUCCAGCAUAGCACGAAGUAUACUUAUUGCUUUGGCCACCAAGUGGUGGUAUAUGUACGUGGCCAAUGCUUGUGGUCUCUUUGUAGGCCUAAUACAACCGGCUAUCGCAUCCUUUCUUAGACAGGUGAGGAAGUAG